AGAAGGAGAAAGAUAAGAUUCAAGUAUUUUGAAUGAUGCCAAAAAAAGAUUUAAGUUUGGGAAGAGAAGAGUUGUUUCGCUUCUGUCUUUCAGCUGCCAUCGAAUUCCUCUAAACUUAGAAUAUUAUCCACUUGCAACUUCUACCUACGCGUUUCCCAUUUCUCACAUCAUCGUCUUCCUUCAUUUCCGAAUAACCUACCUGCAAUUUCAAUACCAGCGGCCCCUGGUUUUCGUUUACCAAAACUACAUCCACACUGUGCAUGAAAGCGAACGUCUGUUAAUAGCAAUUCAUGGAGAUCAUCCCUUACAAGCCUUACAUCGAUCCUGAGUUCGAAUCACUCAUCGAAAGAAUUUACCCGCCCAGGGUUUGCAUCGAUAAUGAAACUUGCCCAGACUGCACUCUUGUAAAGGUUGACAGUGCAAACAAGCGCGGGAUAUUGCUGGAGAUGGUUCAAGUAUUGACAGAUCUUGACCUUGUUAUAUCAAAAUCAUAUAUUUCCUCUGAUGGUGGUUGGUUCAUGGAUGGGCGCUCAGUGUUCCACGUCACAGACCAGCUCAACAACAAAAUCUCUGAUGAAACUCUUAUUCUUUACAUUCAGCAGGCGCUAUGUACUAAUAGAAGAGAAGGGAUCGCAAAAGAAUUACAAGCCCGUCUGAAAAGAGAUGUGAGGCCACGGCAUGUUUCAGUUGAAAACUCAGCCUUAGAGAUAACUGGGACAGACCGACCGGGUCUAAUGUCGGAAAUAUCAGCUGUGCUUCAUGAGUUAGGAUGCCACGUCACUGCUGCCGUGGCGUGGACCCACAACUCCAGAUCAGCAUGCAUAUUAUACAUAGAAGAUGGAUUAGACGGUGGCCCAAUUACAAACCCAGAUAGGCUGGCGCAUGUAGAAGAGCAACUACAGAUUGUAGUUGCUGCCCAUCAUAGGGAAGGGGAGAAGAGAAGUGCUAGGUUAACCAACCCGGUGGCCGGCCGGACCCACACCGAAAGGCGGCUCCACCAGCUGAUGUAUGCUGACAAGGAUUACGAGCAGUGUCAGGGUUGUGAGAAGGGCGUUGGCCACUGGAAAGGGUGUAUUCGGACGCAUGUAUUUAUCGAAGAUUGUAAAGAGAAAGGAUACUCAGUAGUUAAUGUGAGAUGUUUAGAUAGACCCAAGUUGUUGUUUGAUACUGUAUGUGCUUUAACUGACCUGCAGUAUGUAGUAUUCCAUGCUGCUGUUAGCUCCAAGGGCUCCUUCGCCGAUCAGGAGUAUUUUAUAAGGCACGAGGAUGGCUGCACUUUGGAUAAAGAAAGCGAGAGGAUAAAGCUGACAAAAUGCUUGAUUGCCGCUGUCGAACGGAGAGUCUCGCAUGGUUUGAGGCUGGACAUCAGCACGAAGAACCGAAUGGGAUUGCUGGCGGACAUCACUAGGCUGUUUCGCGAAAAUGGUCUGUCAGUGUCGAGGUCUGAGAUAGGCACAAAUGAAGAUAGAGCAAUUGGGUCUUUCCAUGUUACGGAUGCUUCAGGGCAUGAGGUAGAUGCGCACACAAUAGAAUUAGUAAGACAAGAGAUAGGAGGAUCCGUCUUGGUGGUGAACGAAUCCCCUGGUAAAUUAGACAAUAGGUCAAGAGUCUCGCUAGCAAGCUUGUUGUGGUCUCACCUAGAGCGCAUUUCAAGCAACUUCAGCCCCAUUAGACCAUGAAGAGUUCCCAUGUUUAUAUUGUGCUUUUGUUAGUAUUCGUUGUAAUGAAUGGAUCUACAUAAUAUGCUCUUCUCGAUACCUCUCUGCACAUAUGUCAACUAGUUAAGAAAAAAGAAGAUUUAGUCUUUCUAUAUUUAAUUUCAAGUUUCUCGUUCA